GGAGGGAAUAGAAGUCAGCCUGGUGGCCCAGGACAAACACAAACAACAUAAAGGACUAUUUCUCCUUAUCACCUCCUUCUAUAGAAAGGCAAGAGUCAAGAUGGUACCAGCGUGCCAGAAGAGAUCAUUGUGGGGAAAGCACAGAAGAGAUGAUUAAGAGAGACCAAGGAGGGAGACAGGGAACUGAACAGUUCUUGACUCGGGGAGAAGAAGGCAAUGUAGAGUAGUCUGUGAGUUCUAAUCCUUGCUAGACACUGACUUCACCUGACCCUACUAUGAAGAAGUCCUUGUGUUCUCUUACUUCAAUCUAUCCCCAACAUCAUGAGACCUGGUCAAAGAUGCCGUAGAAACCCAAAAGUUGAAUCCAUUUGCUCUUCUGAGUUUCUGUCUUUGCCUCCAUGGACCCUAGGGAUUCACACACACAUGCCCCAAAUCUAGAGUGGUCUGACGUGGUCGUAGGUCUUUAGGGGUCUCAUGGGACUGACAUAGUACGGUUUAAGGGCUGCCGAGCAGGAAAGAGAAGGCUAGAUGGAUUCUGAAGACCCUUUUCCGUCCAAGGCAACCUCUUUCUUGUUCCCUCCUGCCCUGUCCACCAGCUGCCUUGGACCAUGGAGGAGAGCAGGCAGGAGGCCCGGGUAGGAAUAAUUGAAAGGAGCAGAUGAGACGGGGGAAUGCACCCACCCCCACCUUCCCUGCCCCACAGGGGCUGUGGAGAAAUGAAAACUAAUCAAAUUACAGCCGACGGCCUCCCGACCCGUGCACAGGAGCCGCCUGGGCCAGGGGCAGCCUGGCAGGGUGGGGUGGGGGCAAAAGGAGAGGGAAGGGGAAUCACAUGUAAUCCACUGGAAACGUCUUGAUGUGCAGCAACAGCUUAGAGGGGGCUCAGGUUUCUGUGGCGUUGGCUAUAUUUAUCUCUGGGUCCAUGCCAGCAGGGAGGGUUUAAAUGGCACCCAGCAGUUGGCGUGAGGGGCUGAGGGAGCUUGGGGGCCAGUGGCAGGAACAAGUCUUUUCCGACCUGAUGGAGCUGUAUGAGACAUCCCCCUAUUUCUACCAGGAGCCUCACUUCUAUGAUGGGGAAAACUACCUUCCUGUCCACCUUCAAGGCUUCGAGCCCCAGGGCUAUGAGCGGACUGAGCUCAGCUUAAGCCCGGAAGCCCGAGGGCCCCUGGAAGAAAAGGGACUGGGGACCCCUGAGCAUUGUCCAGGCCAGUGCCUGCCGUGGGCAUGUAAGGUGUGUAAGAGGAAGUCUGUGUCAGUGGACCGGCGGAGGGCAGCCACACUGAGGGAGAAGCGCAGGCUCAAGAAAGUGAAUGAGGCCUUCGAGGCCCUGAAGAGGAGCACCCUGCUCAACCCCAACCAGCGGCUGCCUAAGGUGGAGAUCCUGCGCAGUGCCAUCCAGUACAUUGAGCGCCUACAGGCCUUGCUCAGCUCCCUCAACCAGGAGGAGCGCGAUCUCCGCUACCGAGGCGGGGGCGGGCCCCAGCCGGUGGUGCCCAGUGAAUGCAACUCUCACAGCGCCUCCUGCAGUCCGGAGUGGGGCAAUGCACUGGAGUUCGGUCCCAACCCAGGAGAUCAUUUGCUCGCAGCUGACCCUACCGACGCCCACAACCUGCACUCCCUUACGUCCAUCGUGGACAGCAUCACGGUGGAGGAUAUGUCUGUUGCCUUCUCAGACGAACCCAUGCCCAACUGAAAUUGUCUGCCAGGCUGGGUGUACGUGGGAGCCCCCAAGUUGGUGUCAGAUGCCACCACUUCUGCAGCAGGGGCCUUUUAAGUGGGGCUGUCCUGAUGCCCAGAAAACAGCCCUGGGCUGCCACAAGCCCGACUACCCCCUCCCCGCUCACAUAAGGCUAACACCCAGCCCAGCAAGGGAAUUUAACUGGCUCCUUAAAGCCGAGAGCAUCCCCUUCCAAGGAGAGAAAGAUGGAGUCCAGAGAGCCCCCUUGUUAAUGUCCCUCCACGGGGCAAACUCAGGAGCUUCCUUUUUCAUUUAUCAUAAUAUGCCUCUAAUUCCACCCCCCCAAAUGAGACAGUUUGAGAGAUGUGAGUGCCCCGACCAGGACAAGUGUGCUCAUCUGUUCUAGACUCUUCCUGAAGCCAGUGGCUGGGCUGGGCCUGCCCUGAGUUGAGAGAGAAGGGGGAGGAGCUAUACAGUUCCAAAGUCUCUGGGGGGGCCAAGCAUUUGCAGUGGAUAUUGGGAACCUUCCAGUGCUUUGUGUAUUGUUUAUUGUUUUGUGUGUUGUUUGUAAAGCUGCCAUCUGACCAAGGUCUCCUGUGCUGACGAUGCCAGGGACAGGCAGGGAAGGGGGUGGGGGCUCUCGGGGUGAUUUCUUUUGUUAACUAUGCAUUGUGUGGUUUUGCAAAAAAAAAAAAAUUUUUUUUGUAAUUCUUUUGCUAAUUUAUUUGGAUUUCCUUUUUUAAAAAAUGAAUAAAGACUGGUUGCUAUCA